AUGUUACGCGGUUUUAUGUUACAUGAUAUAGUAGCUGCAAUAGGAAAUAUAGAUGUUGUAUUCGGAUCAGUAGAUCGUUAA